AUCCAAAAUCAUUUGUGUGAUUGGGCUGGGCGUGUGCCGCACAGAAUGUUAAUCUCAUAAACUUUAAAAUUUUGUGGUGUUUUUCCUUGUUUUGUGUUUAAUUUUGCUCGUGAAGGAUGGCUUUUGUCCUAUUAUGUGUAAUAUUGUUGACGCUUGAUAGUUAUUGUUACGGUCAGCACAACUUCAACAAUGUGGAGCUGGGAACCGAAUUGGUCUGGUGUGCCAGUAGUGAAGCGGAGAUGUACAAGUGUCGCAACUUUACGGUGGCCCUUGAGCGCGAUCACGGGCUGUUCGAUAACUAUUUUCUGAACGUGUCCUGCUAUUUUGGCUUCGACCAAGAUGAGUGCAUGCGGCUCAUCGAUGAAGGCAAGGCGCAUGCAAUGAUGCUGGAUGCGGGCGAAGUAUACACUGCAGGGCGUCACCAUUCGCUGGUACCGAUCAUGCAAGAAGGAUACGACGGUGGUUUCACGCAGUACCACGCCGUUGCGGUGAUCAAAAAAGGUAGUCUGCCAGAUGUAACUAACUUGAGGCAGCUGAAAGGAAAGAAGGCCUGCUUUUCGUGGGUCGGAAGCUACGCGGGUUGGAUCGUACCUAUCUACACGUUUCAACGCGAAGGUGGAAUGCAAAUAACAGAUUGUAACAACCAUGUCAAAACAGCAACUGAUUUUUUCGGCCCCUCAUGCGCUGUAAACGCACUUGUUGAUAAAUAUAAUCCUAUAGGCGACAAUUCUGAUAAGUUAUGCGCCCUUUGCACAGGAAAAGUACCUGGUGGCAAAUGUACGCCAUCUGAUCCUUAUGCAGGUUUCGAGGGUGCUUUCCGCUGUUUAUUGGAGGCAGGAGAUGUUGCAUUCCUAAAGCAUACAACUGUAGAAGAAAUGGUGAACAGUGGCUUGAUACACGGAGUCACCGUCGAUCAGUUUGAAUUGCUGUGCAAGGACGGUUCUAGGCAGCCUGUGUCCGAAUACCGACAGUGUCACUGGGGAAUGGCACAAUCACAUGCUUUAGUUGUAUCUUCUGCAAGAACUACGGCCGAAAGGCGUCGGUACAAGAAAUUCUUCACCCAGGCUGUUAAUUUGUAUUCAUCGAAAUCGAAAAGAUCUAACAGUACAUUGAGCCCCUUAGACGACCGAUACCGAAACCAGAAUGAUCGGUUCAAUAGCAACAAUCGGUUUGAUAAUGGGCGCGCAGAUGAUCGCUUUAAUCGCUUUACUACAAGCACCACGGAACAAUACGGAUUUGGUUACAAUGAUGAACGCGGUUUUAACGAACAGAAUGAAACGCAAUUUUACGAAAAGUUUGAUUUGUUCGAAUCCAGGAGAUAUGGAAAACAACUGAAUCUCAUGUUCCAAGACACGGCACGAUACCUCGCACCAAUCGAGGAGAAUAAUCAGAAUUUCCAAAAUUAUUUGGGAGUCGGCUUGGAUUACAUUUACGGAGUGCGUUCAUGUCCAGUGAGUCGGAUGACAUUAUGCGUUACUUCGGAACCAGAGAUGGAAAAGUGCAUUAAGAUGAGGACUGCAUUGAAAGCACAACUCAUCAAACCGGAAAUGCAAUGCUUCAAGGCCCACUCACACGUAGACUGCAUGCGCCAUGUGAACUCUGGACAAGCCGACGUUAUUGUGUUGGAUGCCAGCGAUGUCUACACCGGAGGUCUGAAAUACGAUCUGCUUCCGUUUAUGUCGGAAGUGUACGAUCUUGGUCAACCGGAAUACUACGUUGUAGCCGUAGCGAAGGAAGAGGAUCCGGAUACUGAGCUUACGUACCUGAAGAACAAAUACACGUGUCACUCGGGCAUCAACACUGCCGCCGGCUGGAUAUACCCAAUGGCGUAUCUAAUUUCGAACGGAUGGAUUCGUCCGUACGGUUGCGAUAGUAUCCGAGCAGCAGCCGAAUACUUCACAAAAUCGUGCGUCCCCGGAGCAAUUAGCAAUGAAUACAAUUCUGGAGUGCCUUACGAUAAUUUAUGCGACUUGUGUCGGGGAAGCAGCUUCCGUUACUGCAGACGAGAUGCUUCUGAGGAUUAUUACGGUAAUACUGGUGCCUUUAGAUGCUUAGUAGAAGGAGGAGGUCAUGUGGCCUUUGUACGGCAUACGACUGUGGUGGAGAACACCGGCGGUAAAAAACGCGCCUGGUGGGCUAGAAACACGCUUCCGGAUGACUUUGAAUUGCUUUGCCCGGAUGGUACCAGAGCGGAAGUGAACCAAUAUAAGAAGUGUAAUUUGGGUAAAGUGAAAGCAAAUGCCAUCGUAACCAGGGGUGGUCACAGUUAUAACGCCACUCAGUUGAAUGCCUACAUCAAUCUGUUCACAUACGCUCAACAGUUUUACGGACGAAGAGAUGCUAAUGAAUUCAGUUUCAGCUUGUUCUAUUCGAACCCACCUUACCAUGAUCUGAUCUUUUCCGACGCUACAAGAGAACUGCGACUCAUUCCUGGCGAUAAACGUUGGUUCGAUGCCUAUCUGGGUGCGGAUUUCUUGAGGGCCAGGCGCAUCACCGAUUGUCAUGCAGGUGCGAGUACUUUAAAACUGAAUUCCUUAAAUGUUGCCCUUUUAUUAAUAGCACUAGUUUACAAAAUAAUAUUGUAGAUAGAUAAAAUUAAGUAUUAAUUGACAUUCCGUCCUUAAAACAAAGUGUACAAACGCGAAUAAUAUUAUCCGUCCUACAUACAUUUUAAACUAUAGAAGUACUAAAAUUAUUAACAUUCUGCAUGUUGCAUUUUAUUGAAGUUAGUCGCAAAGUAUUCUAACGAAUUUUAUUUGAAUUGUUAUCUGCAGCAACAAAUUGAAUCAUCUGAGAGUUAGGAAAGACAAAAAUACUCGUGUCCAGAGUAAGAAGAAACUUGAAAACUUAGUUUUACAAUCGAAACAAAAUUUAUAGAAUCUCCGAAGUAAUACACACAUGAUUGUAUUUUUUUUAAUAAUAAUGAUAUUCUUUUACAAA